AUGCUGGACGACGCGACUCUUCGGCAACUUAGCAAGACGCGAGGACAAACUCUCGAGAGGCUGCGUGGCGUCUUUAACGCUGGUGUCGGUGGUGACAGAAUAGAAAAUAUGCUCUACCGACUCAUCGGUAACAAGGAUGGAAGCAGGGAUCUUCAGGGUCUCGCCGAGGUGCUGCAAGGCAGGAACGUCAAGCUUUGGGUUGUGAGUGCAGGGACAAACAAUCUGCAAAAGAAGAAAGGGCUCGUCGAUGCGGAUGUUGACAAGAUGCGGCUACUGCUGGAUACACUUCUGAAAAUAUCCUCUCGAACGACGAAAAUGCUGUUUUCUGGCCUCACUUACCGUACGGACAUUGGAGAUCAACUAGUUGAUGAAGCCAACGAGAAAGUAUGCUUGCUGAUUAUGGCCAUGAAUCAAGAGUUUGGCUACGCAAGGAUUGAGUACCUACCUCCGGUAGCGGAUUUGGACAAAGGCCAGCAUCUUGCGGAUCACGUUCAUCUCAACGAAAGAGGUUACCAGAUGUGGGCUGAGAUUCUAGCACCGCGAGUGAUGGAGUUGUACGGGUCUUAA